CGGAGCUCAACUUUAAAAAACAUUCCCUCUCCUGUUCGUCUCUUUGUUCCUCUGUUCUUCUCCUUCACUUUACCCACAACCGCCUAAUCGUUCCCUCCAGGACACACCAUGCCAGUUUCUGCCACCAUACCCUCUAUCCUCCCUGCCUCAUCGCUGCUUCGACUCAAGUCGCUAGAGGACAGGAUCACUUACAAAUACUCACAGGACAGGAUUGACCAAGGACUGGAUCAAGACGGAAACGAGAUCGAAGACCCAACGCUGCACCAGUUCCGGCAGGGCGAGAACCUGGCAGAAUAUCAUGCCAACAUGCAGUGGCUCCUGAGGUUGUUGGCCAAACUGGAAGGGGCUGCACCACCACAGGAGGACGACGAUGAAGAGGAGCUGGACAACAACAGGGAUGAAGGGGCGGACAUGGGCUCUGUGGCUAAAAAGACAGCGGUCCGCACGAAAGAGACCCCACAGGAGGCCGAGUACCGGUUACAGCAUGAGAUCCUCACAGAGCGGGUAGCAUCCUGUUUGACUCAUUUCUGUGGACGAGCUGCCUCUGGAGCGAUGACUAGAACCUGGACCUACAAAACUACACCGCCGCAGUCGCUCCAUAUCCACGAUCCAAGUUUUAUUGGUGGCGAUGUGGGCUUCAAGACCUUCGGAUCUGCUUAUCUGCUAUCAAAGCACAUUGUCCAUGGCGAUAUACCCCAGCUCGAGCCAUGGACCUCUUCAUCUCCCUCUUCAUUAGCCGCAUCACUACCCCUUCCCAAGACCCUUGAGCUCGGGAGCGGAACAGGCCUCGUCGGAUUUGCUGCGACGCUUGUCUCGAACCCGCAGGGACCCAGAGUGAUUCUGUCCGACUACCACCCCAAUGUGAUCUCGACCCUUCGUCGUAAUAGCUCGCUGAACCACCUCGAUCUCAGAUGCGACAUUCGAUUGCUCGACUGGCGUAAUAUCCUCCAGAGACGGAAGCGUCGUCAGAAUGCCUGGCAGUACAACAGCGACACCAGCAAUGGCAAGCAGCCCACAACAGAGUACGACAAUGUCACCAAGACACCCUCUGCUGUCGAGGCAGACUCAGAUCAGGAGAUCUCAGAGCAGGAUCGAAUGGACUUGAUCCUGGGCGCGGAGAUCGUGUACGACCAUGGCCACGCAGAAUUAGUAGCACACGUUGUGGACGAGUAUCUCAAGCGAGACCUGAUCUCGGAGGACAUCGCAAUCCCCUUGGCCCGGCGACGACCUGCCUUCCACAUCAUGUUCCCGAUCCGAAAAACCCAUGCGGACGUGAUUGCGGAUUUCGAUUUCUGGAUGGAUAAGAUAGGUCUGGUCGACUGCCGGCAGGCUAAAGAAUGGGGACGAGAGGAUGGUGAGACGACGUUCCUGUACCAUUGGCGGGAGUAUGUCCGGAAGGAACAUCUUGAUAGAAACGUAGCUUGAACUCCUUCUUUGAGCUAUUCUUUAGACCUUAGACACAUAGAAUAUGUUUAAAAGUACAAUACAAGUUUUUAUUAACAGCU